AUGAUAUCAAGUUGGCCUUUACCACAUCUACAAAUUCGACAUUUGCUUCAUGAACUUCCAGUUGGUUCUAUUGGUCAUUCAUUAGGCCCUCUUUGGCAGGCAUUUUAUCUAUUAAAACUAACAAAAGGCUUAAAGCCAAAUCAAAAUAAUUUGCAUGAUUCAUGGAAUUCACAAUCUGAAAUAUCAACUAUACCUUCUAUGUCCAUUUCAAACUGUGAUAGUAGUAAUCAACAAUUACUAUAUGAUAUAAACAAAUCUAACCAACUAUUGUUAGAAAGUAUAAUUAAAGAUGGUGCACCUCUUUCACUUGUAGAAGGAAAGAAAUUUAAGGAGUUUAUUUACUCUAUAAAUAAUUUAUAUCAUGUUCUAUCAAAAAGAAAGCUCUUAAAUAAUAUUCUUGAUGAGGUUUAUAUGAAUAUUCAAACAUCUAUUAACAAAUUUCUAUAUAAAUCAUCAUGGAUUAUUAUUGCAACUGACAGUUGGACAAAUAUUUGUCAAAACCAUCUUGUAAACUUUAUAAUUAUUGGUAAAGAUCAAUAG